GUUAACUGCUGUAGAGAAGAUAAAAAGAUUAGAACACAGAAGGGAAGCAAAAAUGGAGCAGAAUGGCAAAGAACACAAGGAAAAUCCACGCAGUACUCAACCUGGAAACCUUGUUAUAGCCGCCGGUGAUGAUAACCUAAAGGACAUCUUUCACCAAAUCAGAACUUCCAAAACCCCAGCCGUUAUUAACUAUGGCGCAUCUUGGUGUGGUGUUUGCAGCCAGAUGCUUCCCGCAUUCUCUGAGUUGAGUAACAAGUUCUCUAAACUCUCGUUCGUGUAUGCUGAUAUCGAUGCUUGUCCAGAGACUACUCUGAACAUCCGGUACACGCCAACUUUUCAUUUCUAUCGAGAUGGCGAGAGGGUUGAUGAGAUGUUCGGUGCAGGAGAAGAGAGACUGCAUGACAGGCUAUGGUUGCACUCUUAGAGGGGAAAGCAGUCUGUCAUUCAGUGUUAGAAAAACACCAUAGAUGUACUAUUGCUGUUAUCAACUACUGUAAUCCGCCAUGUUUUUUCUCUUAUCAAAAUUUAAAAGCAAAAUCUGGAGUCUGAAAGGUGUUUGCCAAAUGGCUGAGAGCUGAUUAAGUUAGUUGGGUUAACUAGUUUGACUGUUAGUAUUAGUUGGUUGUAAAAGAAAAUGUUUGGUAAAUUAAUUGUUCACUUUUAAUUUGCACUGUACAAACAAAAUUGUAAUUUUAAUUUCAAAGAUUUUUCAA